AUGGCCUUGCUUCGUGUCUCCCUGCUGCCGCUGGCAUUUUUGCAGCUUGUUCUUGCUGCUCCGGCCGACCCUGCUCAUCCCAUGAUCACGCCACCACCAACCCGCGUGAAGCGAGCUCCCGAUGUCACCGAUGACAUCGGUAAUUAUGUCAAUAGCGUUAUUAAAGGUCUGGGAAGCGAUGUCUCCUCCUUCGUCGUGUCCGGCAUUCCCCAGUACUUCCAGGGGUUUCCGACAGGCACCCAAGUACUCAGUUCUCUGGGAAUCAACGAUGGCGACCUUGCUGCACAGCCGACUCAGGCCUUGAACAUCCCGGCUUACGGUAAUUGGACCGACGAGGGCUGGAACGUCCGCGUUCAUGGCAAUAUCUAUAAACAACCCAACAUUAGCCAGUCGAAGGUUGAUGACCUGGCCAAUGUUUUCCUCAUCGACGUCGAUAUUGCAGAUUUGGGCCCCACCGAACAAGCCCAGGCACGAAAUGUGACCAGGUCCAUCUUUGUCGUUCAACAAGGCGAGCAGAACGUCACCAUGAACUUUGUCAACGAUGUUUCGGUGCGGCCAGGUGCGAGCGGAGGGGCCGUCAAUGCGCGUGGUGGUGCCCAAACAAUCAACAUGCCCUACCUGACUACAGACCAGGGCGACUUUGAUGCGUUUGUCAAGCUGCGCAAUACUACAGGGUCGAGCGGUGGACACUUACUCCCAGGCAACGCCACGGAGUCGAUACAAACCCUCAACAUGUACACGAAUGGUACCAAUACUGGCAAUGCGACAGCGUAUCUAGUGCCUCCCCAGGGCAUGACGAUCUUGUCCGACAUUGACGACAUUCUGCGUGUUACCAAGAUUUAUGAACCCAAGGAAGGCCUCCUUAAUUCCUUCGCCCGUCCUUUCACGCCUUGGAUGAACAUGCCCGAGAUUUACGCCAAUUGGUCCGCGUCCAUCCCGGACUUUCACUUCCACUACUUAACCACGACUCCUGAGCAGGUGACUCGGAAUUAUAUGGAGUUUAUCUACAAUACUUACCCUCUGGGUAGUUUUGAUACACGCCCGCUCAACUUUUCUGAUGUUCAGGCGACCCUGUCCAUCCGACGGUUCCUGCUCGACAAGAUUUUCCAGACCUUCCCUCAGCGAAAGUUUAUCUUGGUAGCCGACACCACGAACUCGGAUGUGAUGAAGGCGUAUCCUGCAAUGUACAAAGACUACCCGGGCCAGGUCCAAUGCAUAUUUCUGCGCAACACCAGUGCCACGGACUCUGGCAACAAGUUCCCCUACAAUACGGCGGGAUUCAAGGAUAUCCCCCAGAACAGCUACAUGUUCUUUAGGGUGCCGGACGACCUGACUAAUCUUGACAUCGCCGGCGGGCAGUGCUACAAUGCUACCAUUCCACAAAAUGUUACAUUCAAGACGCAGGGGUUGCCAUUCGGCUUGGGUAACGCGGCUGGAUCUAUUUCGCCCCCCACCACGUGGGCAGCAGUUGUCGGUAUGAUUGUAAUGGGUUUGGCAGCUCUUACGUAA